ACACUGUAGACAAGUAAUUGCAAGAUAUGUAUUCAUACACGUGUGUAUCUGAACUAGUUUCAAAGGGCAACAUCUGACUGCUCCAAAGCAAUCCUAUCUGCAAACUCAUUGAAUCUUCUUCAUCCUUCUUCACCACUCUCCAGCCAACCAAAAACAUUUCAAAACUACACACGUUCAAACCCCCAAAUUCCAUGAAGAAUUCAUAACAAUCAUCAUCCAAUCCAAUCCAAUCAAUCAAAUCAAUGGCCUCAAUCUCCACGUGCUUCACAAUCACCCCCAAAUUCCACUCAAAAACCUUCAAAUACUCCGUUAAUCACCUUCUCCACAACACUUAUACCAAAUUAGGAACACCAAAUGGUAGCAGCAUCAGUAGUAGUAGUAGAAAUAGAAGUAGAAGUAGAAGCUUUGUGGUGGAAAUUAGGGCUAAAUUUGAUACGCCACCGGUGGAAGCGACGGCUAGGGUUAGACCGGGGAGAAUAAUCGAGAGCGAUAAGUUACCGGCGGAGGUGAGGAAGCGGACGAUGGAGGCUGUGGAUAAGUGUGGGAGAAGAGUGACGGUUGGUGACGUGGCAAGUAAGGCUGGGAUUAAGUUGACUGAAGCUCAAAGGGCGUUGCAGGCACUUGCUGCUGACACUGAUGGCUUCUUGGAGGUUUCAGAUGAAGGUGAUGUUCUGUAUGUUUUUCCGCAAAAUUAUCGUUCGAAGCUUGCAGCCAAAUCACUUCGGAUAAAAACGGAACCUUAUCUUGAGAAAGCAAAGUCUGCUGGUGAAUACUUGAUCAGGGUUUCUUUUGGAACAGCGUUAAUUGCUUCCAUUGUUAUUGUUUAUACAACAAUCAUUGCUAUUCUGUCAAGUAGUAGUGAAGAAGAUAAUCGAGGAAGACGCAGAGGAAGAUCUUUUGAUUCGGGAUUCUCUUUUUACCUUAGCCCUUCCGAUUUGUUUUGGUAUUGGGAUCCGUAUUACUAUAGAAGGCGUCGCGUUCGAAAUGAUAAUAACGGAAUGAACUUCAUUGAAUCUGUUUUUUCAUUUGUGUUUGGUGACGGAGAUCCAAAUGAAGGUAUUGAAGAAGAAAGGUGGAAGUUGAUUGGUCAGUACAUUGCAUCAAAUGGUGGUGUUGUUACAGCAGAGGAACUUGCUCCAUAUCUUGAUGUAGAAUCUGCAGAAAAUAUGGAUGAUGACUCAUACAUAUUGCCUGUUCUUCUUCGUUUCGAUGGACAACCAGAAGUCGAUGAAGAGGGGAACAUCUUGUAUCGUUUUCCGUCACUUCAACGUACAGCUGCUUCACAAAGAAGUGGUAGGAAGGAAUAUGUGGGGAGAAAAUUUAGUGAAUGGGUCGGAGGAGUUGAUAAAUUCUUUAAGGAAAACAAAUGGGAUUUCAGUAAAAUUAGCAACGCAGAGAAGGCAAUGGUUGGUGGGUUGGGCGCACUUAAUCUCUUUGGGGUGAUUGUUCUUGGCACCAUGUUGAAGAAUAUGACGGUCUCACCAAGUGGAUUCAUUUCAUUUGUAUCUGAAAUAUUUCCUCUUCUACAGAUCUAUGCUGGCUCCUUUUUUGCGAUUCCUUUGGUCCGAUGGUUUAUUACUCAAAGAACAAAUGCGCAAAUAGAAAAAAGGAACCGAGCUAGAGAGCAACGAGCACGAGCUCUUGAACUGCCGGAUGUCACCCUCAGACGGAAGAUUCUUAAUGCUCGGGACAUGUCUCAGAGGACUGUGAUCGGACAGGAUCGGAUUGUGUACACCACGGAAAGAGACAUAUUUGAGCAAGACUAUGACACACAGGAUUGGGAUAGGAGAUUCAGAGAGAUUGAGAAGUCUGAAUAGAUGGUGUAUUGUUGUUGUAAGUUGUAACAAUAAUAAUUUAUUUAAUCAUGGAAAAUUUUAUACAAGAUUCAAAUAAUACAGUAUCAAACUAUCAAAGUAAAAAACAACCAUGUACAUUUAUUCUAGUAGUUCAACGGGUGAGUUACUUUAUAUUCGUUGAAUCAACUUGAGUUAUCGAUGUGCUUUUAUCAUGACAA